CAUCACCGGUUUUUUAAUUAGGUUGUUGUAACAUGAGUUAAACUUAUCACUAUCAUUAAUAAGCUGCUAUCAGUUACAAUUACGACCAUAUUCAUACGUGUCGUGCGAAUGACGUCUUUGUGAAGUCCAUCGAUUAUAGUUCUUCAAUCGGUUUAAAACUGGAGAAAAUUUUCUGAAGUUAAAGGAAAAAAUUGCUGAAAUCAGAGAUAACGAGUCCAGGUGUGUAUUGAACUUACUUUUCCCGAGCACUGGUUUCAUCCCAAAGUCUCACAGAACAACAGUACUUCGCAUGUUUUUGCUGAUAUAACAGGAUAAAAUUCUAACUUCACAAAUUCCAAGCGUUUAAUUUAUUUUGAGCAUAUGUGAUAAUCAGGAGUCAAACGUAGAAAAAAUGCGUCAUGAAAUUAAAAACUGAGAAAAGAUAUCGAAAUUGUGAGCUCCCAUGAAAAAAUUAAAACCGUGUUACCCAAAUAAUUCCAGCUGCCUAUUGCGUCAUCAAAAAAAGUACCCUUUCAAUGAGGAAUUUCAGAGACUGAGUUUACAAUCUACUUCAAACCAUAAUGGAAACAGAAGCAGCAGCAGCAACAGCAGGAAGACGAAGUCCACUUCAGUGAAGAGCAUGUAUAAAACAAAUCAGCCAUCCAGUCUGAAAUCAUGUCAAAAGAAAGUUGUCAAUAAUACAUCUCCAACAGAUAAACCUCUAACAAAUGAUAUUUCAGGUAUUCGAAUAGAGCAACUGCCAAAGCCAUUCAGCUACUCACGUCACAUCGCUCUACCUUUUUCUGAGCGUGCAUUGGAGAAUAACUGUAUGUCUACAAAUUCCUCUAUUAAUUUUCCGACUUCAGUCCAGUCUAAUCGCUGUACAUAUGAAAACUCCUGGUCAAACUUAUGGCGCAGUGGCCUUCCAGAACAAAAGUUGACUGUGUGGUUACCAAGGCGAUUUAAUGAUCAAGAUGAUGAACGGUCACAAUGGAAUUCACACAAUGUAAAACUUCAUAAACAUAGCUUUCCUGAUUUAAACUUUGCAGAAUUAGAUAAUCGUUUCACUUGGAAGUCAAUUCAAAAGAGUUCACCCCAGAUAAAUGUCAACCGCAAUAGUUAUUGGACUCCCAAUGCAUACUACAAUGUUCAAAACCAUAAAAUCAUUACUAAUUCUAACAAUAACAACAGCAGUAGUAGUACUAGCACAAAUAAUUCUAAGCUGCUUAAUACUUCCCACAGAAAUGGAGAAUUUUGUAGCAACUACCCCGAUAACUCGAAGAAACUGACUGUAAUGGGGAAUUCCUAUCCUGUCACCAGACCUCCUGAUAUUAAAGAGAAAACGUUGGCACAGUUGUCUCUUAUUCGAAAGGAGGAAAAUUGUACAACAUCUGUUGACUCUGUGGCGAACGUUAAGGGUUAUAUGGACCCAAUGGCUGGAGCACCUACUGACUUUUUAAAUCGCAUAAAUGAACUAGUAAAACUACAAGAAGCAACCAAACGAUGGGAACGAACACGAUGUCGUCGUCGUGUGAAACGAAAGACAUUACCAAACAGUCAAACCUUGAAUCAGGUGGAUAGUCAAAACUAA